CUUGUGUGUUCGUACAUCGGCAAACUCAGAGGGCAAUAGAAGUACAGUACCUGUUGCCUCUGACAAAUCCUACCUACUUAUCACACGUAGGUAUGUAAGCAAAUCGAGAGCUAAUACUCUAACGGCAGGCAAAUGAAUGGACUCAUUAACCCCCUCACGCCAUCGCCUCACUAUGCCUUACAAUAAAUUCCCAAAUUACACCAUGGAAACCGCGCAACUCCAUCGAGGAAUGCAGCAUGGUACAUCCCCAGAGUCACCGUCGUCGAGAAGUCCAGUUGGGCACUUGAGGACGCCUACAACGAGUCACAAUGCGCCCUGCAGAGGGGGAUUACGGGAGAGGGGUCGAUAAAUUUAGUUCAUC